UUCCCUCCUGUGCUGCAGAUAUUUGCAGUGAGCUUGACAGCAGCGACAGAAAGCUACUUGCCAGCAGAUACACAAAGGGAGAGAGAGGAGCUGCAGCGAUGGGAAUCAAACUGUACUACACCACUGUUACUGCCUCCAGGACGGUGAAGUCUCAGCAGGCACAAGUGAUUCGAAUCCUCGACAGUAAAAGCAUCCAGUACGAGCUCAUCGACAUCUCCGUGGGUGGGGAGCUUCGUGACGAAAUGAGAAACAAAGCAGGGGACCCCACGGCAGUCCCUCCCCAGCUUUUCAAUGAAGACCAGUACUGUGGGAACUAUGAAAUGUUUUCGGACGCUGUGGAAGCAGAUACAGUGGAACAGUUUCUGAAGCUGGCGUGAGGAGGCCGGAGUGUGAUUCUUCCCCGACCACUUCCCCUUCCACCCUGUGCCCUAUUGAAGGCCCUUUAUCCAGUCUCUCUCUAUCUCUGCACCACCGGCAGCAUCCACUCACUUUCAAUGCCAUAAUGAAGAAUGCCAAAUAUCUUAAAUCCAACUAAUCAGAAGACACACAUUUCCCCUACUGCACCAUUAGACUCUAAGUCAGUCUUAAUGUUUUUUUUUUUUUUAUUAAUGUGUCUUUUUCAGUUCAUUCCUUUGAUUCCGUUCAGACUUUCUCCUCGUCUGACAGACCAGAGUUACAAAGUGCUCCUGGCCUACUAGGAAUCAAUGGUGUGUCUAAAUGUGCGGUAAUUAGGUCGACUAAUCUUGGCCGAGGCCACAUGAUCGCUGGAGAUUAAACUAAUCCACUGGAUGACAACAUUCAACCCAGAAUCUUCCUGAUCCUCUGCAGACCAAACACACCAUCAUCAGUCAGUCUUAACUACUGUUGUCUUUUUCUGUAGCCUUCAAGUUCCCAUGUUGUACAUGACGGCGCACUAUUUGUACUUCACAUGGAUGCAAAUGCACACUGAAGUAGCAAGGAUGCAAAGUCCUUAAACCCAAUUAAUGAAGAUGUAUAGCAGCUAGAAGACAGCUUUUAGGUGCAGAUAACUUUUAGUAAGUUUGGCCCAUUGGUCUCUUUUUACAGGAUGUAAAGAGGACUGGUUCUGAAAUGGGAACUCGGAGACAAUCUAACCCAACUGAAGGGGUAAUAAUGCUGAGAGGAUUCAAAAAGUGCAUCAUUAAAACAUGAGUGACUUUGAUCAAUCUACAUGUAGAGGCGAUCAUGAUACAUUAAAGGUACCGUCAAGUUUUCUAUGAGCAAGCUAAACCCUUUUAUGUUCAGUGCUGAUCACCAAAAUACACUGUCCAUGAAUUGUAACGGACAUGUUUAGUUCAUUUUCAUCCUAAUGAAACAUUUCCAAAGUGUUUGCAUUCAUGAGUGUUAGCAUGCAGCCUUGUUCUUCGCACAUUGCAGACUCCUGCCACCAACUGGUGAUGAAAAUAGCAUGUGAUCAGUGGCAUGAGCGUGAUAAAACAGGGACUCCCUUGCUUAAACAUUGCUCCAUAGUGCUACCAGUGGUCAUAAACUCCACAGGGUACCUUUAAAUUAUGUUUUACUGUCUUUAUUGGUAAAAUGUGCAUUUUUGUAAUCUUACUAUAGGUUGACCUUAUAAGAUGUGAGUCUACUUUGGAAUUAUUUUCACAAUGCAACCAAUUAUUUUAGUUUUUUAGAUCAUUAGAAGAUUUCUACAUCAAAUCAUUACAUAUGGGUUGUGAGUUUAAUGGGCCAAACUUAGUAAAAAGUUGAUGUAUUUCUUUAACACAUUCAGUGGUUUAACAUUUCAGUAUAUGGCUGCUUUAUUUCCAGUCGAGCUGGAUGAACACAUUUCUUAAUGUCGCAUUUAUUUGGUGCCAAGCUGUAAUGCGCUUUUGCUGGUGGUUUUUUCACUGUAGUGUUAGCACUCACCUGCCAUCUUCCACAUUCUCCACAAUUUUACUGUAUAACUUGAAGGCUUUUCUCGUGGCACCUAUGGGCGCUCUCUGCAUUGAUGACUGAAAGGACAAAGAGAUGUCAAACAUUGAGCAUUUCGUAGAGUGUCCAGUAUUUGAUGACAAGAUGUGAACUUUCUAGCUUUCAAAUGCGUAGCUUUUUCUCUCCACUAUCUUCUGUUACAGCUUCACUGAUUGUACGGGGCAUGAAGAUGCAGUAAUGUGACUAUGCACUGAAAACAUGCCUCAUUUGAACACAGAAAGGAAGAAGCUGGUGUGUUUAGGUGGACCUCACUCAGUCUUACCAGCCUUAGGGAACACUCACCACAUGGGAAAAAUGAAGGCUUCACUUAUUUGUGCUUUUUAUGUAUUUGCAUUCAUUCCAUUACGUGAUCUCAGUUGAAAUUUAACUUUCAAAAGAUCUUUUUUUUUUUUAAAUUUGAGAACAGCACGAUUUCCCUCUCACUAGUAACAUCUUUGCCCCCCACUCCCCUGCUUUCAUCCGUUGUAUUGUUCCGGUUUGAGAUCCACAGUAAUGACAGCCUUCACACACUGUGUCUGUGCACUGUUAUGAAGUCAAUGGUUGUAGAUGUUUGCCUGUUAUUGAUGUGUAUUCACUAUGAACCAUGGUUUAGACAUUCCAUGUCUCUCUCUGAGCUCCUGCUUUGCUUUUGGACCAAUUCCCCUUGGCCAAAAAAAGAAGAAAAUAGGGAAUAAAAUGCUGUUGUCUUCCAAGAAGAUUGUGAAAAGUGAUUUAUGGGUUAAAAAAAUAAAAUGGAAUUGAAUCUAA